CUUGGCGAAGCUUCUCUUAUCUUCUCUAUCCCCAGCAUCUUCUACCAAGGCUCAAAAUGAGUAUGUGCUUCCUUCAUAGUAUCAUUAUUCAAAACCACCUCUCCUCCCGCCCAUCUUGACUGUUUACUAGUCCUCGAAGCACUGGACUCAUUGAAAACUCACUCUCUUGAAGUGUAUUUUUGUAUGAUAUCUUUCUAUAGCAACCAUCAAGUUGGGCAUGUGUACAGCCUGUUAUGGUCGGCCAGAGUACUUGAGCUGGACAGAAUACGUAAAGGAACAUCAUCCAGUUCUACCAUCAUUAUGGCAACAUCCAGGUCAUGGACUUUGCGGACCGUGGCACUCUUGCCGACAACAUUGAUGAAAUUGGAGACAGAAGGGAGGAGAUCGCGAAGCAGAUCAGCAGUGGACUCGUGUACCUCCAAGGUAUGGACUUCGUCCACAGGAAAAUCAGAACAUCAAACAUCCUCCUUACCAGGAAUUUCGACGCCAAGAUAGCGGGGUUCGGAUCCGACGAUAUGGACUGUGAUGAGCGAUGGAUGGCACCAGAGCUGCGUUCGGACUCUCCCCAGUAUUCUUUCUAUUCAGACAUCUUUGCACUGGGGAUGGUUAUGAGGAAAAUGGGAAAAGGUUCCGAAGACUACAUGCGGUGGAUGGUUCGGUGUCUAGACGAGGAGCCCAAGAAAAGACCAUUGGAGUGCCCCAUUGUCACUACAGAAGACGUGGACCCAGCGCCAAUGAUAGACAGUACGAACAGCGGACGACUGCAAGCACUCAAGAGCAUGGCGCAUAAGAAUGGAGAUGUUGCCAACUACAUAGGAGCCAUGUACCGUGCCGGGAGCAAGGUUCCAAUAGAUGAAGAAGAAGCGUUGAAAUGGUUCUUGAUUGCGGCUAAUCUGGGGAAUGCAAGGGCGCAGAACACCAUGGGCGUUCAUUACCACGAUAGAGGGGACUGUGUCGCAGCCGAGGGCUGGUAUUUAAAGGCCGCAAAACAGGGAUAUCAGGAAGCUUGGUCCAACUUUGGUGAUUUGCUGUUUACCCAGGACCGAUUUGUCGAGGCGGCGGAAUGGUAUCACAUGGCCGCAGCAGUUAAUGACGCGCAUGCACAGUACUCUCUUGGGAAGAUGUAUUUCGAUGUUUGGCUGAACGAUACGCUAGCGCUCGAAUGGUUCAACAAAGCUGCAGUUCAAGGAUAUGUUCAUGCGGAAUACAUGAUGGGAUACAUGUACCAACACGGAAGAGGUACAAGGCCGGAUGACGAGAAAGCAGAGGAAUGGUACCUUAAGGCCAUAGGGAAAGGGCAUGUCUCAGCAGAGAGAAGCCUGGAAAAGAUGCGUCACGACAGAAGAGCGUGGGUACAGAUUCGAGAAUCCGAGUGGGAUAUGACAUCUAUGGAGGAUGAUGAAGGGAAUCUUGAUCCAACGAAGAUUCUUCUUAGCUUUAAGAAUUUUUCUCUUGGCCCAGAGGAAUACUUCCUGCACGCCAUGGAGGAAUCAAUGAAAAAUGCAAAGGAGCGCUAGAACCGCCCCCUCAUUCUGCCGCACUUGUGACAAUGGCUAUUGACCAGCGACAAGUC